UCAAUAUUUGCGACCAAGUCUUAGCCAGGUGUUGAACAGCUUUCCCAAGAAGGAAUAUGUGGUUUGGAAAUUGGCCAAGGGUGUUAUUUUGGUUGACAAGAAGAUGGAAGCAAUCGCCAAGUCGGUAGAUUUUACACCUCGGCUCAAACUAAGCGGAAUAAAGAUUAAGUGGGGAACUCUUUAGUAAAGCUUGAAGGAACAACAUCCAACAUCCUUUAACUCUCACAUCCCAAUUCAUUCAGCUUCCGCAUUACAACGAUCGACUUGACCCAUAUUUCAAUAGAUAACCCUCCAUCAUCAAAAUGAGCAGCCCAGGAGCAGGUUUUGAAUAUCCUCCCCAGGAGGUAGCUUGGUUGAAGAGAGAUGUCCUUCUCUUCGCAAAUAGCAUUGGCUGCACAGCAGAUGAGCUACACUUCCUCUUUGUAUGUACAUAUACUCCCUUUUCUUUCCUUCCAAUCCAGUGUUUCAUGGACUAACCGAUCCCUCAAUAAUACAGGAACUCCACCCCGACUUCUCCGUCUUCCCAACCUACCCUAUCAUCCUCCGUAAGCUUCCAUGCGCCUCUCAAGUCCGGAAUACAAGCUAACAAAACCCCUAGCAUUCAAAGGCACAACUCCAGAAGUGAUAGACUUCUACGCAGCCCAAAAAUCGAACCCCAUCCCCGGCGUCCCAGAAUUCGACAGCACCCGCGCAGUCGACGGCCAACGCCUCAUCCAAUUCCUCAAGCCUCUCCCCACAACAUCCACGGGUCGUAAAUUCGAGCUGCGCUCCAAGGUUAUCGGUGUGUAUGACAAAGGAAAGGCAGGAAGUAUCGUCGAGACAGAAUUCAACAUUGUUGACAAGGAGAGUGGAGAGGUGUACACGAAAAUUGUUGGGAGUGCUUUCUUCGUAGGCCAAGGAAACUGGGGUGGGCCCAAGGGCCCGGCUACGCAGACGUUCCCUCCUCCAAAGGGGAAGAAGCCGGAUGCUGUGGUGAGCGUCCAGACGAAUGAGGAGACUGCUUUGUUGUAUAGGUAUGCCAUUCCCUUUUUCCUUCCCUGUUUUCGAGGAUAUGGGAGAUUGUUGAUUUCAACUUAUUCGGCAUCGACUAACACUCACCAGAUUAAACGGAGACUACAACCCUCUCCACGCCACCCCGGAGCCUGGAAAGAAGAUGGGCUUCGGAGGAACAAUCGUACACGGUCUCUUCAGCUGGAACACUGCCUGCCGCGCACUUUUGAAAUCAGUGGGUGGCAGUGACCCCAAGAAUAUCAAGGAGUUCCAAGCUCGAUUCGCUAGUCCUGUCAAGCCUGGAGACAAGUUGGUCACUGAGAUCUGGCGCGCUGGCGAAAUAAAAGAUGGUUGGGAGGAGAUUAGAUUUAUCACUUCAGUUGCUGGAGGCAAGGUGUGUUUGAGCAAUGGAAGGGCUUUGAUGAAGGCUGUUGGUGGGGGACAGAGUAAGCUGUAGUUGGAGAUGUGGAUUUAUUGUGGAUAUAAAAUUUGGACAUGGAUUGUGAAUGUAAGGUUUGUACAUUAUUGGAAAUUUAUGAUUUUAC